GCCUGGCCGCUGGGCCGCCCCCUGGCGCGCCUGUGCUCGGUGGCGCCGCGCCGCCCGCGGCAGCCGGCCGUGGGCGUGGGCGCGAUGGGCGCGGGCUGCACCAGGCCGUGGUCGCGGCGGCGCACGCGGGAGGAGGAGAUGCGCUGGAGGCUGCUGGAGGCCUGGCACAGCUCGCGCGCGGCCUCAACGUGCGGCUCACCGACGCGGGCAUCCAGGCGGCGCUGGCCGGUCUGCAGCAGGGCGCUGCAGGUGCAGCUGGCGGAGCGCCAGGAGGCCACCCAGGCGUUGGAGGAGCAGCCGCUGGGGGCAUCGGGGCGGACCUGCUGGGCGGCCUCGCGGGGGCUGGAGCGCCGCCUGGAGGGCCGCCGCCAGGGCUGGGCGUGGCCGUCGUGCCGCCCGCAGCUGCCGCGGCGGUGCGGCCGCCAGGCCUUGCGGCUGGGCUCCCGGGGGUGGCCCCCCCAGGCGACUCGGCCUGGCUGGGCAAGGGCCUGCAGCCAGCGGCCCUCGCUCAGGUCGGUGUGCAGCCAGGCACGAUCGUCGAGGUGCCCACCUUCGACGCCGAGGGGCGCUGCGACGGCUCCGCCCUCCUGAAGCUGGGCCUCCAGUGGGCCGCGGACGCCCUCGGCACCUUCGGCCUCGCCGAGUUCGCAGGCGCAUCAUCGCCUGUCGCCACAGGUGUGCUGGAUGACCUGUGGGCGCAGCCGCCCCUCGUCCACCUGUGCUCAGGCGCGCGGGAGGCAUGCAGCGCCCGUGCAGGUGCUCGCCUCGUGUACCACGUGGACACGCUGCGCGUGAGGACAUCGUCAGGGAUCUCCGAGCCGUGGGUGCGCCGUCAGGUCAUCUUCGGGCCGCCGAGUGCUGCUGCCGCUGCUGGUGGUGCUGGCGCAGGCGGCGGAGGUGAUGACCGCAAGCUCGUGGCCAAGAUCGAGGAGCUCAAGAGUGCGCUGAAGAGAAAGGCUGGCUCGCGCGUGGACCUUUUCUCUGUGGCGACGAGAAGGCAGCGCAGGGCCGAUCCGCUGGUCGAGGACGAGGACGGCGACGGCGACUCGCUUUUUCGCGAUGCCCCCUCCAGCUCCGGCAACAACAGGAUCCACGAGAUCGCUCGGGAACAACCCGGAGCCCUGUUGGAUGCCGGCCUUGCGGAGAUGGCCCGUUUCCUUGGCGAGCGGGAGGGGGCGGAUCAGACCACGGGGGCGAACGCGGCGCGGGUGAUGGCCUAUCUCACGAGCAUCUUCUUCGGCCAGCAUCCCCAGUCCACCAUCAGCGUGCACACCGUCAAGGAGAUGAGGACGGUCGCAGCGGCGCUCGACGCCCUUCUCCAGGGGCGCCUCCCCGAGCUCGGGGACCUCCUGAUGCAGAGGCUGAAGGCGUUGGAGACGAGCGUGCGCGACAAGGACUGGGGCGUUGCGAGCCAGCUGGAGCUCACCGAGGAGACGCCUGGGCUGGUGAGCGUCACCGAGCGCCAGGCGGCGGCGCGUCACGCUCUCAUGAGGGCGAAGCUCGCGGACCUUCGGACCAAGGCGCAGGGGCGAGCUCCCUUGCUGGCUUGCCAGCGCGCCCUGGCGCCUCCACGGGCCGCCGCAGCCGCCGCCGCCGCGGGCGGGGCAGGGGCCGAGGGCCCGCGGAGGCGGGCGGCCUCGCCGGGGCGCGGCCCGAGCCCCAGCAACGGGGCGCGGCCGGCGGCGCCGGCGCCGGGCCCGCGGGUCGCGUUCGCACCGGAGGUCGAGGCCGUGGAGAGCGCUGCUGGAGAUCCUCCUGCCCUGCUGGCGAACGGCGCCACGAGGAAGGUGCUGCUGAAGGGGGGCGACACGGACACCGUGGGUCCGCCAGCCGCGGCCCCGCUCGGGCAGGGCGCAGGCGAGGCCGCAGCAGCUGCUGACCUGCGGCCCGCACGUGCUGUCGCUGCAGCCGCCAGGAGCGUGCAGGAGUGCGACGCCACGCACGUGCCGCAGGAGCUCGUCGCUUUCGGUGCGGGUGACAAGCCGCAGCUGGUCGCGACCAAGCAGUGGGUAUACCUGAUGAUCAUCGCGCUGAACCACCUGCAUGCCAAUUGCGCGGCGUCGGAGGAGCGGUGUGUGCUGGCAGGCCCGGCCAGCCCCGCUCAGAUGAGGGCCGUGAGGAGGCUGGCGCGGGCGGCCAUCCUUUUCCUGAAGAGCUGCCCCACGCCGCUCGCGCCGACGGACUGGGCGGCUGAGCUGGCCGAGAAGCGCGUGGCCUACGACGGCGAGGAAAUAGGCACGGCCGAGACGCUGUCGGUGGAGCAGGUGCUGCCGGCGCUCCCGCCCAAAGGCAUCGCGGCCUCGGUGGAGGCGGUGGACCUCUGCGAGGGGAACGUGCGGGAGGCGCUGCUCGAUGCGGAUGCCAUGCUCCUGCCGAAGGGCGUGCGGCCGGCCCGCGUCCCGCGGGCCAAGAUCUGGGCGCCGCUGCAGACCUGGCACGACCUCGUGGCCGUCCUCUGGGACCGUGGCCUCGUGGAGCCGAUCGCCCUGGAGGAUGUGCUGCACGUGGACGGGCGGGCCGUGCUGUGCGGGGCCUUCGGCGUGCGCAAGGGGACCGAGCGCACCAUCCCGCUGAAGGACGGCACCAUGGGCCACGUCCUCAGGCUCAUCAUGAAUCUCGUCCCGUCGAACGUCGUGCAGCGUGUCGUCGGUGGCGACAUGGACCAGUUGCCCCUCUCGUCGCAGUGGUCCACGAUCGUCCUACUCGCUCACGAGAUGAUGUUGUGGACCUCCACGGAUCGGCAGUGCUUCUUCUACGUGUUCAGGUUGCCGCCAUGCUGGAGGAAGUUCAUGGCCUUCGAGGUCCCGGUCCCAGGGCACCUCGUCGGGCGGCCGAGCGAGCCUCGCGUGUACGUGGCCAGCACCACGGUGGCGAUGGGCUGGAUCUCUGCGACUGGCAUCGCUCAGCACAUCCACCGCAACAUCUUGCGGCAGGGGUGGCAGCUGUCCGCCUGUCUGCCGAGGGAGGCCGAGUGGCGGCGUGAUCGCCCGGCGCCUCUGACGGCCUUGGCUCAGGAGGUGCAAGCUUGGGAAGUAUACAUCGACAACUUGGAGGCGCAAGAGGUAGUCACGCGCGAAGACGGCAAGGUGCUCAAGGGCACCGUGAGCCCGCUCUUGCUGGCGGCUCGUGAGGCGCAUGCUCGGUGCGGCACGCCGGGCGUACCUGCCAAGGACGUGCUCAGGGCCAGCGAGGUGCAGGCGUUGGGCGACUUCAUCGACGGCGACCUGGGGAGGAAGGAGGCGCCGCGCGGCUACGUGGUCAGCCUCAUCUCCCUCACCCUGUGGGUCCUAGGGCGCCCCGGUGUCAACAAGAAGCACUGGCAGAUCGUGCUGGGCCGUUGGGUCCGGGUCUGCUCCCACCAACGCGCAGGCAUGGCAUGCUUCGAGAAGGUCUGGAGGUGGAUGUCCCGCUCGCACCGCUGCUGGACCGUGCCGUUGGCAGUGAUGGACGAGCUGCUCUUGGCCAUGCAGCUUGCGCCGCUCUACUUCACCGACUUCCGCCUGCACGUGUCGCCUGUCGUUUCCUGCUCCGACGCCAGCCCGAGCGGGGGGGCUGUAUGCGUGAGCAGGGGGCUCUCCUGUGCUGGCGAAGAGGCGCUGAAGCGUGUCGGCCGCGUCCCGUGGCAGGCCAGCGAGGAGGAGGUUGUCCUGCUGAGCCUGUUCGACGGCAUCGGCGGCGCGCGGGAGAGCUGGGGGGCCCUUGGUUUGGAGACCCUGUGGUUCGUGUCGGCUGAGACCGACGCGACGGCCUCACGUGUCACACGGAACGCGUGGCCGAACGUGAAGGAGCUCGGCGAUGUCAAGGAGAUCUCGAAGGAGGUGCUGCUCACCAUCAAGCAUGGGUGUGCCCGUGGCCGCAAGCUGAUCGUCACCGGCGGUUUCCCCUGCCAGGGCCUCAGCAGGCUCAACGUGUCCAGGAAAGGCCUUCAGGACCCCAGGUCUGGGCUCAUCAGCGAGGUGAUCCGCAUCCUGGACCUGGUGGUCGAAGUGUUCGAGUCCUGGGAGUGCGAGUUCCUGUUCGAGAACGUGGACUCGGCCGACAAGCUGGACAUCGCCGCGGUCACCGAGCUCCUGGGCGUACGGCCUCUCAGGUUGUGCGCCAGCCAGGUGUGCCACAUGCGGCGGCCUCGCCUCUAUUGGUGCUCCUUCGAGCUCUGCGAGGUGGGCGGCGUCGCGCUGAUCGACCAGGGCGCCUGGCUGCAGGUGAAGCUGGACGCGGACCCAGGGCCCACCUCGCGGUGGCUCUCGGCUGGUGCCACGUGGGCUGCGAGUGCUGAUCCUGCGGCACGCCUGCCGACGGCCGUGGGGCGAGACCGACGGUCCGAGCCCCGGCCGCGCCCAGCUGGCAUCAACCAGUGCGACGACGCGGCGCUGGCGAGGUGGGCCGCGGACGACUUCAGCCUGCCCCCCUACCAGUACAUCGACCGCCACUGUGUGCUGCACGAGGGCCAGCUGCGCCCGCCGUCGGCCGAGGAGCGUGAGGUCCUCAUGGGGUACCGCAGAGGCCACACGCAGGUGGCCGUCACCUCGAGCGUGCUGAAGAGUGACCCGCGCCAUGCCGAGUGCGCGCGGUGCGGGCUGCUCGGCAACGCUUUCCACGUCGAGGUUGUGGCCUGGCUGUUCGGGCACUUGGCCACGCAGUGGGGAUUCCUCGCAGCGCCGCCGUCCGUCGACGAGCUGCGCGAGAGGUCGAAGCCCAGGAAGAGCGUGUCGCUCGUCACCCGCGGGUUCGCCCCCGAGCAGGCGCUGGCACUGGACGUGAUGAGGUCCACCAGCACCAAGGGCAGCGACGUCCACAUGUCGACGGGUGAGCUCUUCCAUCCCUCAGGCUGGCCGCGGCAGCCUAUCUCUCCUGGCUGGUGGCGCUGGCGCACGGUGGUGCAGUUCCACUGGCGCGAGGAGGCUCACAUCAACGAAUUGGAAAUGAGGGCCUUCCUCUCAGCGCUCAGGUGGCGGCUGCGCGCGGAGAAGAACCUCGAGUGCAAGUUUCUGCAUCUGCUGGACAGCCAGGUCUCCAUUGCUGUCUUGGCCAAGCAUCGUUCGGGAAGCAUACAGUUGAAUCGCGUGGCUCGCAAGGUGGCAGCGUUGGAGAUGGCCUCAAGGAGUGUGGCCAUCUUGGGGUUCUGUCGGAGCGGUGACAACCCGUCCGACGCCCCAAGCCGCAAGCAGCAGGCUGAUGCCUAG